CAAGCGCAUACAGUGUUUUGCGGAAAAGAGAAAACUGUUGUAUUUGACUUAAAAUGUCGUGAUUCAGGUUUAAUUUGUUUCCUUGUUGGUUUAUCAUGUGAUAGUCUCAUGACUUUAACGCUCUGCCAUAUCAGUCAGUCAAACAAGAUCCUUUUGUCACAAGUCGGGUCAAAAUGGGAGCGUUUGCAGCUGUUUGUGUCGUCUUUUUCACGCUGCUGAUAAGCGGUAUCAGCAGAGCCACAUACCAACCGACCUGGGAGUCCAUCGACUCCAGACCGUUGCCGGAGUGGUACGAUCAGGCCAAAUUUGGCAUCUUCAUCCACUGGGGGGUCUUCUCUGUGCCGAGCUUUGGCAGCGAGUGGUUCUGGUGGUACUGGCAGAAAGAAAAGAGGCAGGAAUAUGUUCACUUCAUGCAGAGUAAUUAUCCUCCAGACUUUCAGUACCAAGAUUUUGCGCAACAAUUUACAGCCGAGUUUUUCAACGCCAAAGAGUGGACGGACAUCUUUGCGUCAUCAGGAGCAAAGUACAUAGUGUUGACCACCAAACACCAUGAAGGUUUUACCCUUUGGGGCUCCAAAAACUCCUGGAACUGGAACGCUGUGGACGUGGGACCAAAGCGAGACCUGGUGGACGAAGUGGCGACUGCUCUGCGUGAAAACGGUUCCCUUCGUUUAGGGCUGUAUCACUCUCUCUUUGAGUGGUUCAACCCGCUCUUCGAACAGGAUGCUGCAAAUAAAUUCACCACCAACUACUUUCCGACCACUAAAACUCUGCCUGAGCUAUAUGACCUCGUUAUGAAGUACAAACCAGAGGUGCUCUGGUCCGAUGGGGAUGGGAACGCUCCUGACAAGUACUGGAACAGCACAGCUUUCUUGGCCUGGCUCUAUAACGACAGUCCUGUUCGGGACACGGUGGUGACGAACGAUCGGUGGGGCCAAGACUGCAUCUGCAAACACGGCGGGUAUUACACGUGCACCGAUCGCUACCAGCCAGGUCACCUGCUCAAGCACAAAUGGGAAAACUGCAUGACCAUCGACUCAAAGUCUUGGGGCUACAGACGGAACGCCCCGCUCAGUGACUACCUCACCAUAGAGCAGCUGGUGGCGACGCUGGUGGAGACAGUGUCUUGUGGAGGAAACCUGCUGAUGAACAUCGGCCCUACACACGAUGGAAGGAUCUCUCCGAUCUUUGAGGAGCGUCUGAGGCAGAUGGGUCAGUGGCUGAAGGUGAACGGGGAGGCCAUCUACAACACCUCAGCCUGGCGGGUUCAGAGUGAAACCACAAAAAUGUGGUACACAGCCAGACCUCAGGAAAAGACAGUAUUUGCUAUUUUACUGGAUUGGCCGGAUAAAGGAUGGGUGAUUUUGAAUGAACCAGUGGCCACUCAAGGAUCCACCAAGGUGGAGCUUCUGGGUUAUGGCUCGCUGCAGUGGGAGCCGGCGAUGGCCAGCGGGCUGAACAUCACCCUGCCUCCACUGUCCUUCAGACAGAUGCCAUGCCAGUGGGCCUGGACCUUGAAGCUGACAGGUGCCUCCUGAAGGGAAAGCCACAUCACAUGAACACAAGCUAAUGUGUCUGAGUCACUAAACUUCUUAUUUGUGUUCAGAAAUUGGUUCAAUCAUGAGAAUAAUAAAAGCCACACUGUUUUCUGAAACUUGCACUGAUGUUCAUUUUUUUAAUUGUGAAGUAAAUACGUUUUUAGGCUCUUUGUGACCAUUCAUUUAAAACUUGAACUGAGGUUUUAUCUUACAGCCAAAAAGCAGCUAAAUCUAUCUUUUUUUGGUUCUAAUUUGCACAUUUUAAUCAACAGAAUCAUUCUGCCGGGUUUGGGUUUUUAUGUAAAAAACGUUUCUAGCUUACAUUUUGAUGAUUUUUCUCUGUAUUUAACGGGAUUUAAUAGGGUCGCUGUGAUUUUGUGUAUGAAUAAUUAAAUAAAAUAAUUUGAAUAAUU